AUGCUGCUUUCGCUGUUCCUGCAAUUCUUUCUGGCUGCUGGCUUCAUGGUGAUCGCGGCACCACAUGGGAACGAGGAUGGGUCAGCAUCUGUUGCCCAUAACAUGCCUCCCAGGGCACCCAAUGAAUCCUUGCGGAAUUCUCCUUUCUACAAAAAGUUUAUCAGUGGUGCGUCGGCAGUAAAUAAAAUACCAGGUGCCUCUCUUGAAGAACCCAUGAGCGAGGAAGAUCUAAAAAGAAAAAUGAUUUGGCAGAGAACCAUUGAGAGGAACCAAGACCAACCUUCUACGGUGAUACCAAUCGGAGUGGAUGCUGUAAAAAGAGAAAGAUGUGAAGCCUUACCAUUUCAGCAGGUACCUUCAUUUUAUUAUGAAAUCUUUUCCUAUUAGGUGGGGCGGGAAGAUUGCAGGAAGAAAUGCUAAAAUUUCAUGGCAGAUGCAUGGACGCGUCUGUAUUAGAAACCUAGAUGGUACAGAUUAAUCUUCCUUUUACUAGCCUGAAAAAGCAGACUUGGGCUUUGAUGUCCGCUUAGCCACAUGGCACUUCUUCUUUACGAGAGGGACUGCCUCCUUUAUUUAUUUUUAAAACCAGUAGACAAAAGUAGUUUCUAACUAUUAUUUUGCAUGUGUGGUUCAGAUCUAUUUAUCUGGUUUAAUAAAACCUCUGGGACCACAGCCAUCAUCUGAGACACGCUAAACACCAUAACCACUACAGUUUAUUGGCUUAUUGCUUUAUUACAGCAUAUUGUAUCAUUACCGCUUAUUGUAUUAUUACAGCAUAGGGCAAUGCAAGGAAUCUUUGAGUGCAGUUGUUUUCCCAGAAGUUAGAAUACCAACCAAGGAUGGUGGAACAGAACUGAGAACCCAAUUGGGACAGUUCCACUUCAUUUGGGACAGUAAAUCUCCUUGGGUCAAUUAAGGCUAUGAAAACGGUUUGAAUCCAUUCUCUUAAGUGGUUCAUUUCUUUAUUAUUUUAAUUUAGACAUUAACUUUAUGGCACUGUUUUUGCUGGGAUACUUUCAGGGAGCUUCACAGUGCGAGUGCGUCUAAUGAUGCGCUCACGUUGUGCUGCUUAAAGACAGUUCAAUAGGGUUCCUGAAUGCAGGACAUAGAGAAAUUAAAUCGGGAUGGCAGGAAAGGACCCUGAAAUUGGGACUGUCCUGACAAAAGUGGGACUAUUGGGAGGCAUGCAGUUUUACCAUCCAAGAGAGCAAUGAUAGGCUGAGAGCACUGUGCAAACACUGGGUAAACCACACUGCAGUUUGACAAAAAGCAGGGGAUGGUAUGGCACCCACAUACAUGCACUGCAGUAAUGUAGUUUUGACGUAUACAUCACACAAGUAAAUUUAUGUGCAAAUAUAAGCAAUGUCCACAGAAAAAAACCCAGAUAAUUAUUUGCGUAAUUUUUUCUUGUAACUUGUAAUUUACCGCAGAAUGUAUUGAUGCAACUCACUAGUUUAUAUUGCAAAGACUUUUAAGAGUUAACUGGUAAAUCCAUCUACAUUUAAUGAAAUCUCUGGCCUAUCUCAGUAAUUUUUAUAUUAUUUUACAGUCAGGAAGUUUAUUCACUAAACACAAAAUAAAGGUGAAUUAACUAGGAAACCGCACAUUUUAACCAAAAUAUCCUAGUUGAAAAAGGUUUUCCAACAUAUCAAGUUUGAUAUAAAAUCUUCAUUUAUCUGGAAAAAUUCCAGAAAUUCCUGGUCUAGUUCUCUUUCUGGAAUGAUUAUAUUGGGACUAAAGCUAAUAUUGUCUGUGAAUCCUUACUUUUUUUAUUUAUUUCUAUAUUUAGUUUUCAUUCUAAAACGUCUUUCUUUUCUUCCAGAUCGUCUCUAGAAAACACUGCAUUCCAAUUAGGAUCCCCAACAAAUUUUGCUUCGGUCAGUGUAACUCGUUCUACGUGCCUGGUCAUCCAUCCAGUUCCUGCUCGUCCUGUAUUCCGAUUUUGUCCCGACGCAUUUCAGUGGCUCUGCAAUGUCGCUAUGGUAGAAUUUCCUGGGAGGAGGUAGAACUAGUUCAAACAUGUGACUGUAUGGCGCAGUCCGAUAAGGCGGUGCAGUAA